AUGGGGCUGUCUGACGGCCUCGAACCCUCGCGCGCCGGCAUGAGCGCCGCAAGCAGCAAGAUGGCUUUUGGGCCGCCCGGCCGGGUGCUUGGCGGCGCGGCGUCGGCGUGGGUUCUCCUCUUUAACGCCGACCAGCCCGACGAGGUGAGCUCUAAACUCCUCUCCUCGCUGCCCCACGCUACUGCCCAACUCCUCGCUGUCACCGCCACUCUCCUCACCGCCGGAGGGAGGCCGACGCUGCUGCCCAAUUCCUCACUGUCGGCUCCUGCUCAGGGCGUCUAUACGAUGCAGAGCCGGCCGCUCGGCCACGGCCGCCGCACCUACCUGGCGGACUCGCGCGACGCCGCCUCGCCGGCCGCCGCUCCGGCGCAGUGGAGCGCCAGCCAGCUGCAGACGCUUUGCCAUGCUGCUCGCUUCCAGCUCGCCCACCUGCCUGCCGGCGCGACUUAG